AUGUCGGUGGAGGCACCCGGACCGCCACCGAGCACCCCGCCAGUGGACGCGCGCCAACCCUCGCAGUUCACCUAUAACCACCUAUACCAGCUCCGCACCCCGCUGGCUUACCUACUGCCCCUCGCCGUCGUCGGCUUUAUCGACCAGAACGCGUUCUUCGCCCAGGUCGAACAGCACCGUCUCGGCAAGGCGCGCCGCGACCCCGUGGUGUGCGCCCAGUGGGAUAGUCUUAUUGCCGUGCUGUAUGCGGCUCGCGAGUACGGGAUCUCGCGGAUGGACCUGGUGGCGCUGGGCAAGGAGAAGUGCCCCGAGCUUGUGGUGGGGCACGCCGCCGUGUACACCAAAGGGUCGCUGCACUGGCGCUACCCGCCCGAGGGCGAGGCGCCGGAUCGAUUCGCCUGUAAAGUGCUGCUUGACCCUUAUCGCCGAGAGCUGAGGAAGAUAUUGGCCUGCUUAGCCGGUGAGUGUCCCGUCGUCCAGAAGGCGUCGGUGGAUGAACUGUACAUGGAUAUGGGUCCAUUGAUCAUUAAGGAGCUUGAGAAACUUGAUUGGAUCGAUUGGAAUAAGCCUGGCGACGAAACACUCCCUUCUAUUGAAACUAUACCUCAAACCGAACUACCUCAUUUUGUCGGCGAAGUCGUCGAACAACCCACGCUAGAAGAUUGGGAUGACAUCGUCAUGGCUAUCGGGUCGCGAUUGGUGUAUAAAUUGCGUCAGAAGAUCGAGAAUGACCUACAAUACUUGACCAGUGGCGGCGUCGCCCGGACGAAGCUGGUAGCCAAAUUGGCUGGUGGGUUCCAUAAGCCCGAUAACCAGACGGUGGUGCCCAAUAAGGCGCUCCCGACGUUCUUGGCCAAGUUCAAGUAUACCGAUAUUGGCGGCCAGGGAGGCCAGGAGGGCCAGCACACGUUACAACUACUAGGGGUGCCGCCGGACGAGACCGACCAGAUGGGGUAUAUACGGUCGCACUACGACUUGCGCCGGUUGCAAGCGGUGAUGGGCGCGAGCGCCGGCGCCGUCGUCCACGCGCGGGUGCGCGGCGCCCACCACGAGCCAAUCAAGCACCAGACGGCGGUGAAACAGAUGAUCAGCCGCAAAAACCUCAACGGCAAGGCGCUGAUCCGCACCAUGGGCGACGCCGCCGACUGGCUCGAGGUGUUUGUCGGCGAUCUCGUCAACCGCAUUCACGAGCUCGACGACGAGCAUUUAGGUAGUGGCGCCUGCUGGCGCCCUAAGACAAUGCUGAUCCACUUGAAUCUCCCGCUGCCGCUGCCGAUGAUCCAGCGCCAGACGAAACUUCCGGUUACCCUAGACCUCGAGCGCCUUCGCGCCCAACUAAGCGCCGUCGGCACCCGCCUAUUACAGACGAUCUUCGCCGACGCCUUCGACCUUCUGCGGCUCAACGGCGGGCGCCUGGUGCGCCAGCUCUGGACCCAGCCCGGUGGGUGGCGCUCGGUGCGCACGGGCCAGGUGAUCGGCAUGGGCUGCGGCACCUCCAAUUUCGUCGAGACCAGCGCUACUCUGGUCAUAGACAACUUUGUGCUGGCGCCGAAGGCGGUGAAGCGGGCGGCGUCGCCACAAUUUUCCGAGUCGGAGGCCUCGGCGCCGGCGCUGCUGCUGCUGCUGGGCCCCUCACCGGGUGCACUUAAGGCGCCGCCGGCGGCGCCCCAGCGAGCGCGCGCAGCGCAUCGAGGCGACUCGGAUCGGCCGGCACCGUCGCCUCGGGCGCCUCGGGCGCCCCGCUACAAACGCCGGAAACCUCACGACAUUCGCCACCACUUUAGUGGCGCUUCCAGCGGUCAGUGGCGCCAGGUGCUCCAGGAGACCGGCUACUGUGAGCGCUGCCAGCGUCCCGCCGACGCCGCCGAUCACUUGGACUGGCACGUUGCCGUCGAUCUUCAGGAGCGCCUCAACGGCGGUGGCGCCUAA